AUGAACGUCAUUGAAAAGAUCCUGUGCCACCACGCGGUGGGGCUCACGGCCCCGCACGUGCGCGUGGGCGACGUGCUCUGCGUGAAAGCCGACUGGACGAUCGCGAGCGAGCUGACGUUCCAGACGAUGGACACGCUGCACGCGGCCAUUGGGCGGCCGCCGCUGCACCGGCCCGACCGCUUCUGGCUCGCGCUCGACCACACGGUCGACCCGCGCGUGAACCACUUGCCCAAGCAGAAGGCGCUCAUUGAGCUCUCGACGGCCUUUGCCCGCACGCACCACGUCACGGACUUCCAGCCGCCCAACACGACCAUUAUGCACACCGAGUUCGCCCGCAAGCGCGCGCAGCCGGGGCAGAUCAUCAUUGGCGCCGACAGCCACACGUGCAGCGCGGGCGGCAUGGGCGCGUUCGCCGCCGGCCUCGGCGCGGGCGACGUCGUGCUGCCGCUCGUCACGGGCCAAACGUGGUUCAAAGUGCCCGAAGUGUGCUUCAUCGAGUUCGUCGGGGCCCCGCGCUUCGGCAUGGGCGGCAAGGACGUGAUCCUGCACAUCCUCGGCGAGCUCAAGCGCAACACUGUGGCGUUCGAGCGCGCCGUGUACUACGGCGGCGCAGGCCUUGCACACCUCUCGGCCGACGCGCGCUUCGCGGUGGCCAACAUGACGACUGAGUUUGGCGGCAUUGCUGGUGUGUUUGCGGCCGACGCCGUCACGCAGCGCGAGCUCGCGGGCCGCGCGUCGCACGUGGACGAGGCGCUGUUCUUCGAGCCCGACGCGCACUGCGCGUACGCCGCGCACCACGUGAUCGACUUGGGCGACGUGCAGCCGCUGAUUGCGCUGUACCCGUCGCCCGACCACUGCGUGCGCGUGGCCGAGAAAGUCGGGAUGGCGCUCGACGGCUGUUUCAUUGGCGCGUGCACGACGACGCAGGAGGACCUGAUCUUGGGCGCGCUCGUGCUGCAGCAGGCCAUGCUCGAGGGCAAGCGGCCGUCGGCCAGCGGCCAGCGCCGCGUCACGCCCGGCAGCGUCGAGAUCAUUGCUACGCUCAAGGAGCUCGGCCUGCUGCGCAUCUACGAGGAGGCGGGCUUUACUGUGGGCGUCCCGGGCUGCAGCUUCUGCGUGGGCAUUGGCGCCGACGUGGCGGGCGAAGGCGAAGUGUGGCUCUCGAGCCAGAACCGCAACUUCCGCAACCGCAUGGGCCGCGGCUCGAUCGGGAACAUCAGCUCCGCAGCGGUCGUUGCGGCCUCGAGCUUUGACAUGCGCGUCGUGGACCCGCAGCCGUACCUCGACCAGCUCAGCCGCGAGGACUUUGACCGCUACCGCAAGUGGGUCGCGCCCGACGCCUCGACGUCUGCUGAGUCGACUACGGCCUACACUGUGGCCGAGCCGCAGCCCGUGCUCGCUACGGGCGACGACGACGAGAGCACGCAACAGGCCACGGAGCAGGCGGCCGUCGCGGAACUCGAAGCAGCGCUGCCGCCCAAGUUUAGCGGCAAAGUGCAGCGCUUUGGCGACAACAUUGACACGGACGCAGUGAUCCCGGCCCAGUUCAUGGGGCUCAACAAGGCAUCGCCGCUGUGGCCGGCCGAGUGCGAGACGGAGCUCGACGUGCUGGCUGCCAAGUCGUUUGCCUACGUGCGGCCCGAGUUCCCGCAGAAGGUCAAAGACGGCUUCAACAUUAUCGUUGCGGGAACGGCCUUUGGCAGUGGGUCGUCGCGCGAGGAGGCGGCCAUCUGCCUCAAAGCUGUGGGUGUGCAGGCCGUCAUUGCCAAGUCGUUCGCCUACAUCUACGCGCGCAACCAGCCCAACAAUGCGCUCUUGGGCAUUGUCGUGACGGACGAGAAGUUCCACGAGCUUGCGCAAGAGGGCGAAGAGGUGACGGUCGACCUGCGCAACCGAGUGGUGAGCGUCAAGGACCACCAGGUCGCGUUCUCGCUCACGCAGCUCGAGGAGGCGUUCCUCAACGGCGGGGGGCUCCAGGCUCUCUUCAAGCGGCACAAGGCCGACCUCUUCCGGGCUGCCAUGCGUGGAAAGGCGGCCAAGCCAAUCUCGUCGAGCGGCGUCGGCUGUGGCGAUGGCUGUGGUAGCGAGGCAGCGGCCACGCCUUCGUGGUAG